GCAUGGUGCGUGUGCAUGCAUGAGCGUGCAUGUGCUUGCCCAGGGUGGUGCGCUGCAGUCGGCUGUCUAUAAACUAGUCGUCUCUACCUCGCCGUGCUCCAGUCAACUUCCACGCUGGGUCGAGGAAGGUCCGGGCGCCUUAAAACUCAGCGUGGCUAAAAGCGAAGCGGAGCCUCGGCGCGGUGAAGCAGCUAGUCCUCUCCCACUGUCCCCGACUGCCAGCACCCGGCUUGAGCGCUCCAGGGUGAAGUCGGCGGCGGCGUCGCGCUUGGACUCAGGCCGGGCAGAGAGGCGCUGCUCGGCGGGCAUGGCUUCACCUCCGUGCGGCCACGGCAACUUCGACUCCGGCCUGGAAAUCAAAACUCGCUCGGUGGAGCAGACGCUGAUCCCGCUGGUGUCGCAGAUCACCACGCUCAUCAACCACAAGGAGCGGCCCAAAAAGUCAGAGCGCACCCUAGCGGCUGUCCACCGCGUGGGACAGGCGGUCAGCGUGGCUGUCGGACGCUUCGUCGCCGUCGGGGAGGCCAUCGCCGCCGAGAACCAAGAGCUGAAGGAUGAGAUGGGACAAGCCUGCUUCGAGGCCCGGAGGGCGGGGGACGCCAUUGCCCAGCUGACGGACGUAGGACCGGCCGCGGCCGCCCCCACACCGACAGACGCCCGCAUCACGGUGUUCAGCGACCGCACGGGAAUGGUGAAGGCCGCCCGCCUGCUCCUGUCGUCGGUCACCAAAGUUCUGGUGCUGGCCGACCGCAUUGUCAUCAAGCAGAUCGUCACGUCGCGCAACAAGGUCCUGGUGACCCUGGACCAUCUUGAGCGCGUCAGCACCUUCCAAGAAUUUGUGCAGAUUUUCAGCCAGUUUGGCAACGAGAUGGUGGAGUUUGCUCACCUCACCGGAGACAGACAGAACGACCUGAAGGACGAGAAGAAAAAAGCCAGGAUGGCAGCAGCUCGGGCCGUGUUGGAGAAAUGCACCAUGAUGCUUCUCACAGCCUCCAAGACUUGCCUGCGGCACCCGGACUGCGAGUCAGCGAGGAUCAACAAAGACGCCGUCUUCCAGAGGAUGCGCUGCGCCCUGGAGCAGGUCAUUGAGAUCGUCACAGAGGCACGGAGCUGCGGGGAGAACAAGAGCCUCCCCGCCAGUAUUUACAACGGCAUCAAGGACUACAAGUCCAGCGUGGAGUGCCUGCGGGACAACCUGUACGCCUCGCCGCCUGACAGCGUGGGCCGCCAGCUGGAGGCGCUGGUGGAGCGCACGGAGGACUUCACCGACUCUGCCUACACGGGCCACGAGCAGCGCCAGGCCAUCCUGGGCCUGUGCCAGCUGGCCCGCCAGGACGCCCAGCAGCUGCUGCACACCUGGACCAAAGCGUCGGUCCACGCCAAAGAAGCCACCGACGACUUGGAGGUGGCCAUCGCCAAGUCAUGCCAGAGCGUCAACGACCUCAGACGCGAGCUCCACAAGGUGGCGGUCAGCCGCGCCUCGGACAUGCUGAGGGUCCAUGCGGAGCAUUCGCCGCUGCGUGCGCUCAAGGCAGCCGGCGCCGAGGGAAACCUGGAGGCAGUGGCGCAGUACUCCCGAACGCUAACCGAGCAGAAGGAGCAACUGGUGGAGAACUGUCGGCUGCUGUGUCACGUGUCCGGGACCGAACCGCUUGAGAUAACGUGCACGCACGCAGAAGAGACCUUCCACGUCAUUGGACCGCAGAUCAUUUCCGCGGCCCAAACGCUGGCGCUGCACCCGUCCAGCAAGAUCGCCAAGGAGAACCUGGAGGUGUUCUGCGAAGCGUGGGAGUCGCAGCUGAGCGACAUGGUGCUGCUCGUCCGCGAGAUCAGCGACGUCUUCGAGGGCAAGCGAGGAGACAAAAGAGCUUAUUUGUCACUUCCUCGACCUGGAAAACACUCGGCUAACCUGAAGACCGCCAAGGCUGUCAAGCUGGACGCGGAGGAGCAGACGAGCAUGGCCAAACUGGGUCUGGAGCUCCGCCUGCUGUCAUCGGACGUGGAUGCCGAGGUGGAGAAGUGGGAGGAGCAAGAGCACGACGUCGUCCGGCAGAGCCAGAGCCUCGCCAGCAUGGCCUACAACAUGUAUCUGUUCACCAGAGGGGAGGGUCUGCUGAAGACAACACUCGAUCUUUUCCAUCAAGCCGAGGUUCUGUCAGAAGAAGGACUCCAGCUGAGCUCCUCCCUACAAAUCUUCUGCACUCAGCUGCUUGGAGAGGAGAGGUCAGCGGUGAUGUCAGAGCUGGAGAAACUGGCGGCCUUGUGUCAGCAACUGCAAACAGGGGCCAGGACCCCUGUGCAGGGCAAGACCGCCACCUUCCAGAAGGUGGACUCAUCCAUUCAGAAAACCAGAGGGGUGUUGACCCUUGUGCUCAACCUCCUUCCUGUCUGCAACAAGCUCAACAGGAAGUACAAGUCCGAGAGGAGCAGUCUGGGCUCCCCGCAUGACUGGCGAGAGCGCCAGAAUGCCUCCACGCCCGUCCAAGACAGCGGCGGCGUCCUCAACAACAACAACGACGGCGACUUCGGUGUCAAACCCUUCGAGCAGCACAUGGCCGGCCUCAACCUGCUGGAGAGCAACUAAGAACCCAGCCUGCUUAGGCCUGAUCCUCUUCCCCCUCUUUACUACCUCCUGUCAGGUAGCUUCUAACCUACAGAGCCAGCUCUGUCCACUGGGUGGCGACAAUCUGCCAAAAACAUCCUCCAACCUAAGCGUUGUGGAUUCAUGGACACUAAGAGCGCCCCCUGGUGGUGUCAACCAUGCUUGUGCGUUAGAUUAUAUCCUGUACAAAGUGGUGAUGUUGCUGCACACCAGCUAAACCGUAAGAGUGCGUGCAUGAUACCAGCUUGUGUUCCAGAUCCCGAUGUCGGUGUGUUAUGAAUACUUGUUGUAGACUUUUUGUGUGUCAGUGUUUGUCCCACUUUGCUUUACUACGUUACACACUCUGUGCCAUACUAUAUGGGGGAAAAAAAUGAGUUACUUGCCAAAUAUGUGUCCUUUGAAGGAUAUUUUAUCAUACUAAAGGUGUGUCAUUAAUGAAUGGUUUAUUAGCAUUAUCAAACCAUGUUGAGUGUACUGGAAAAGAUUAUUGUGCGACAUAUACCAAUGAGCGUGUGAUGGUACUCGAGGUGUCAAGGAGGUACACAAGUGUGACUGGAUGUUCAUGUUGAGAUGCUUUUUACCGCAGUGACAGCAGCUAAGGAUGCUGGGUAAUGUAGUGAGAGGUAGGACAGACGUGAAGAAAUCAUAGCUCUAGUUUUUGGACCAUCUAUUCUUUUGACAAUUAAGAUGAUAUAAUUAAAAAAUGACAUGAUGAAUGAAUAAACAAUAUUUUUUAUUAAA